AUGGAGGAUUUGAUACAAGCGAUUGGCAACCCAGGCAGAUUUCAAAGCUUUAUUUUCGUAUUGAUAAGCUUCAACUUUAUGAUAAUGUUAUCAACACAUUUUUCUAUGAUAUUUUACGGCGCAAAGACAAAACAUCAUUGUAAGCUUGAUAUUGGUCAAAAUCUAAGCGACUUCAUACCGCUCGCCGCUAAAAAUAAAGAUGAAGAAUUAGACAGUUGUCAUAUGUUUGAGGCUAGAAAUAGCACGAACAGAAUACCUUGUAAAAAUGGCUGGAGUUACAUUAUGAAAGAAAAUGAGCGAACAAUUAUCUCUGAGUUUGAUCUAGUGUGUGAUGACUCAUACAAAGUGGACUUAUCGACAACAAUUUACUUCACUGGCGUUACGUUGGGUGGCCUCAUCUUUGGUGUUAUUGCCGACAAGUUUGGCAGAAAACCUGUCAUAGCUUCCACUUUGCUUGCUGCAGGUAUCAUCAACAUGGCCAUUUUCAUCCUUAGAAACUACAUUGCUUUUGCUGUCUUCAGAUUUUUUCUUGGUUUGACUAUGCAGGGUCUUCAGAGCUCCGGUGUUGUCCUUGCAAUGGAACUGUUUCCAACAAAUUAUCGCAGCUAUAUCGGUGCUUUGUGUGGCGUAACUGGAAACAUUGGUGCGUUGUGUUUUGGACUUCUUGUAUACCUUGUCAAAGAUUGGAGAUACGUACAAUUGGCUUUGUCUAUUGCCUCGUUUGUACAGAUAUUUUCUUUAUGGUUUAUACCUGAGUCAAUUCGUUGGUACAUGUUGCAUGGUCAUUUUGAGAAGGCUGAAAAGGUUGUCCGUCGAAUAACUCAAGCAAAUAAACUAGACUUUCCAGAAGAGACGUUUGAAAAAGUAAAAGAUCAAUCACAGUUGGCGUUAAGUGAUGUAAAGACAAAAAACAUUGGCAGCAUUUUUGAUGUUUAUCGAGAACCAUCAUUGCGAAAGUUAUCUAUAAUUUUAACAAUCGUAUGGAUGAGUAUAUCAAUUACAUUUUUUGGAUUAUCAUUGAAUAUAUCGUUCUUGUUUGGUAACAAAUAUUUAAACUAUAUUAUUGGUCAAAUCAUCGACUGCGCAGUAAUUUCAUCUCUUUUGUGGACUCUACCAAGAUUUGGACGACGAAAACUAUUGCUUUUAAUGUUACCUAUGUCCACUACCGCUUUAGCGACAUGUGCAGUGAUCGCGGGCUUAAAUGCAGAUUCAAGAAUCGUAGAUAUGAUUCGAACUAUAGCAGCACUUGGAGGAAAAUGUCUUUCAUCCACUUGCAUUGUUAUUAUGAUACUUUACACGGCAGAACUUUAUCCAACAAUUCUCAGGAAUAUUGGUUUUGGUGUUGCUAUGUUUUGGUGUCGUCUUGGUGCAAUGGCUGCCCCGCAGUUAUUCUUUCUUGGUAUGAAGACAUCAAUUGUGGUGCCUUACAUCAUAGCAGGCACGUUACUCCUUGUCAGCGGUAUCCUAGUCUUUUUUCUCCCAGAAACUCACAAACAAGUUUUAACGGAGCGGCUGGGACACAAGAGAAACCACGAAACCAACGACAAACCUUCAUGCACGGAGAUCGACGAUCCUCUACUCGAGUCAAGACUAUGAAAUUAUUUCAAAAUAUUUAUGAGGACAUAUGGAGUUAUGGGUAAAUUAUUAAUCUCUAUACACCGUGGAGCAGCUACGAUAACAGGAAUAACAUUAUGUAGCUAAUGUACAGGAAAAAGAAAGUAUGUUGGUGUAGGCUUGUGAAUUUGGAUCAGCUACUAUUUUGAUAUCUAUUUCUCUGCAGUCUUUAAAAAAUUCACUCGUGUAUGUGUAUUUGUAAUUGCAAGAGAAACUUUACUAAAAAACGAUUAACUAUACUGAAAAAACAAAGAGAAUGAUUUUUUUAUCAAGCUACUAUUAAUUUUCAACCAAUUUUUAAAUGAUAUUAUUCGGUAUUUUGACCAAUUUUAAAUGGGUUGAAAACUUUUGAAUAAAUUUCUAUUUGCAGCAUAAUGUUUGCUUAAAAAUAACCAAUUUAAUAUUGGUCUCUUAUCACUUUACAUUUAAUAUCUUACCAAGAAACACUUACGAAUGAAUUUUUUUGAGCGUUACGCCUUUUAUCUUUAAACAUUUCAUUAUUAAAAGAGACGUGUUUUAAAUGACAAAUUGACAAAUUGUCAUUUACAAACAUUGACAAAUUGUCAUUUACAAAUUGACAACUGUCAUUUACAAACAUUGACAAAUUGUCAUUUACAAAUUGUCAAUUGACAACUGUCAUUUACAAACAUUGACAAAUUGUUAGCAUCUUUAAAUGUAACGUAUUGAAUUAAAAUUACAGUAGGAGAAACUCUGCUAACA